AUGGCGCCGGUGGGGGUGGAGAAGAAGCUGCUGCUGGGGCCUGAGGGGACCGGGGCCCCGGGCGCCGGGGACUUGCCCAGCGAGGAGGACGAAGGGCAGAACCUGUGGUCGUCCAUCCUGAGCGAAGUCUCCACCCGCUCCAGGUCCAAGUUACCGGCAGGCAAAAACAUCCUGGUGUUUGGUGAAGAUGGUUCAGGUAAAACAACACUCUUGGCUAAAUUACAAGGAGCAGAGCACAGCAAAAAAGGAAGAGGUUUAGAAUAUCUAUACCUUAACAUUCAUGACGAAGAUAGAGAUGAUCAGACACGUUGCAAUGUGUGGAUCCUGGAUGGAGAUUUGUACCAUAAAGGCCUGUUGAAGUUUGCUGUUUCAGCAGAAACCCUGCAAGAGACUUUAGUCAUCUUUGUAGCAGAUAUGUCUAGGCCUUGGACUGUUAUGGAAUCGUUACAGAAAUGGGCCAGUGUUUUGCGAGAACACAUUGAUAAAAUGAAAAUCCCACCAGAAGAAAUGAGAGACAUGGAGCAAAAGUUCAUGAAGGAUUUUCAAGAGUAUGUGGAACCUGAGGAAGGCUAUCAAGGCUCACCACAGAGGAGAGGACCUCUAGCUUCAGCACAAGAUGGUGAAAAUGUUACCUUGCCACUUGGAGACAACAUGCUCACACAUAAUCUUGGGAUCCCAGUCUUGGUAGUUUGCACAAAGUGUGAUGCAGUGAGCGUCCUAGAAAAGGAACAUGACUAUCGAGAAGAGCACUUUGAUUUCAUUCAGUCGCACAUCCGUAAAUUCUGCUUACAAUAUGGAGCUGCCUUGAUUUAUACAUCAGUUAAGGAAGAAAAGAACCUUGACUUGUUGUACAAGUAUAUUGUGCAUAAAACAUACGGUUUUCACUUCACCACACCUGCCUUAGUGGUGGAAAAGGAUGCAGUUUUUAUACCUGCUGGUUGGGACAAUGAAAAGAAAAUAGCUAUUUUACAUGAAAACUUCACAACAGUAAAACCAGAUGAUGCAUAUGAAGACUUCAUAGUAAAACCUCCUGUAAGAAAGUUGGUCCAUGAUAAAGAAUUGGCAGCAGAAGAUGAACAAGUUUUUCUAAUGAAGCAGCAGUCCUUCCUUGCCAAGCAGCCAGCCACCCCUACAAGAGCAUCAGAAUCUCCUGCUAGAGGGCCUACAGGCUCUCCAAGGACACAGGGCCGAGCUGGACCCGCCAACGUCCCCAGUGCCUCACCAAUCACAUCUGUCAAGAAGCCCGAUCCAAAUAUUAAAAAUAAUGCUGCAAGCGAAGGAGUGUUGGCCAGCUUCUUUAACAGCCUCUUGAGUAAAAAGACCGGCUCUCCUGGGAGUCCUGGAGCUGGAGGAGUCCAAGGCACAGCCAAAAAGUCUGGACAAAAGACUGUUUUGACAAAUGUUCAAGAAGAGCUGGACCGAAUGACUCGCAAGCCUGACUCUGUGGUAACAGCAAACUCAUCGACAGAAAAUGAAGCUUGAUAGUACUUAAACAUACCUGUGUAAAUGACCAAAUAACUCUGUAUAUUGAUCUGACAAGACCAGGAUUUUUUCUGAUACAGCCCAUGCUAUCAGUUUUUCUUGGGGCAGGGGAGAUUGAACUUUAAAAAAAAAAAAACACGUAUACACAACCAACCAACUUCUUUGGUUUGUCCAAGUGUAAAAUGCACAUUCAGGAAGUUUGCCUAGAAAAAUCCCUGUGUUUCAGAUAACCCCUUAGAAUUCAGAUAGGAUAGCCUUGGUGGGAAGUGGGAGAAGCUACCUUUCUUUGACGUGGGCAACACCAAGGAACCAACCGCAGAAUUUCUAUCCAAGUGAAGCUAAUGGUGACGUGCAAGGACAGAAGGAGGGACCAACUUUCAGAUAGUUGCUAGAGUCCAAGCACUUGUGUGUUAACCAGUUCCUUUGUGCCUGGAAAGAAGGUGCAGGUGGCAGCAGAGUCCAGGAGGGCGAAGAAGGUCUAAAGAGAGAGGAUGAGAUUGGAUACCAGAGGAAAACCGAAUGUGGAUGAGAUGGAGGAAGACAGAAGGACAGUCAGUGUUACCAAACCUGUGUGUUCAGUAGGAGUCUAAUAAUCACUGUUAAAGACAAAUUAGAGAAAAGUCUAAACUAAACACUAAACAUCAUGGGAAUUAAUUAUUCUUGUCAUGAAUCAUGUCUUUAGUUUUUAAAAGAUGUAUAAAAUGUGGGAUUUCUCUUCAGUGUACCUGAUGCAGGGGGGAAAUUACUCCAGCUUGCUUAGAUCCAAGUACCUGGCACAUUGUGGAAUGGCUUAGAAGGUACUUGGACUUAAUGUGCACUGUAAUGCAGACAGUCACUGUUUGGCUUUAGUUUAAAUAUGGAAUUAUUUAAUUUUAAAUUGUAUUUUCUAAUAGUUACUGCCUUGGUUUUUUUUUAUUUUAUUUUAUUUUUUAUUUUUUUUUAAUACCAACAGGCUGGCCUAUUAAUAGAAUAAUGGGUGGCAUAUCAUUUUCCCAUAAUGAAAUAUGCUACAGAAUGUUUUAGAGAGAUUUUUAAUAAUUGCACUCUGGCUACUAAGCUAGCAUGGAUUCCUGCCUUAUGGUUAGUGGAAACCUUCAAAGGUUUUCUUUGAAAGAUUUCGCCCCAACUCACUAGUCUGCUCUGCAGCUAUUUAAGAUGGAGAAUCUGUGUGAAUAUUGCACAUUGGAAAUGGAGAUAAUUAUUUUCUUUUGUGUUUUCCUGAAAACGUAGCAUUUUUUCUUAUGGAAAGAUGACUUUCAGUUAUCUCCCAACAUAAAAUACACACACACACACACACACACACACACACACACACACACACACACACACAUACACGAUAUAGGUGUGUGUUUGUGUGUAUAUAUAGAUAUUCAAGUCCAUAAUCUCAUCACAACAACAUAUGUGACAUAGGAGAUGUCUAGUUUUCAGAUGGCACUUUUUAUUUCAUGAGUGAUAAGGAUCAUUUAGAUAUUAAAACACUACCAUGAAUUUCAUGGACACAGCAUUUUUGUUGUCAAACUGAAGGGGGAGAAAAACCACAAUUUUAAUUAUGCUGAGUUUACUUUUUAUGGAGAUGAAGUUGUUAGUUUUUACAAUGUCUGAGCAUAACAUCCCUGAUCCAUAUAUGUGUGUAUGUGUGUGUGUAUGUGUGUAUAUAUAUAUAUACAUAUAUAUAUGUGUGUGUGUGUGUGUAUAUAUAUAUAUAUGCAUAUAUAUCAUUACUUAUACCUUCCAUGUUAUAUUGACCACUAAUAGGAAUCCAGGAAUAAUUUUAAAUCCUGUUCUAUCAGGAGACUGACCUUUAUUGUAUUUUGUAACUGUCUCAACACUGCUAACUAGAAAACUAAGAGCAUUUACUUGCCUCUUUGACAAAUGUUAAACUAAAAGCCUUUUUCUUGUGCCAUUUAUAUUGUUGGGAAUACAGUAUAUGUUUUGUUUUUGUUUUUUUAACAUUUUAAAAAAUUGUACUGUGGCCUCAAGUUACAAAGUUGCCUAGGUAAACACUUGUGAACUGACUGUGGGUUGAAGGUUGAUGUAAGAUGUCUUCAGAGGGAUACAUGCUGGGAGCAAGUGAAUAUUGGAAAGGCUCUGACCAUGCCAUCAGUAGUCAUUGCUUCCUGUCCCAGCAGUAUCUGGAAAACUUUAGCAGCAAGAAGGAAUUAUUGGAAAUGUGUAUGUUUAUUAUUGUCGCAGUAUGGUUUUUAAAAUUAGCACAAUGGUAUUUUGGUUUUUUUUAUUUGUCAUUUUAACUGAUAAGCACUUUCGGUAUCAAUCUAAUGUAUCUUCAUUAUUUGUCAUAAGAUUGUUGAAAAUAUUGAGCAAAAGCUCCUAACAUCCCAGUCUUGUAAAAGAAGGUUUCUCGUGGAACCGUUUUAUGCCAGUUCUUUGUUGCAAGUGAGUGCUCCUAGUGUCAGAAGAAGCUUGUCAGUAACUUGGUGUGCUCAGUGGUUGCCAAAGUCAGCCAGCUUUGGGCAGCUGCCAAGUAUUUUUUGUUCCUGUUGUUUUCCUGUUUUGGGUGUCACCAAAUAUUGGAACCAAAGGCCAAGUAGCAAGCAGCCUUUACUUUAUUUUCUCUGAAGAAUACGCUUGUGUGGUAGACUGUUAAAAACUCCUCAGUGACUAUUUACACAUGCGCAUUCUAGUGGUUACAUCUGCUGUUCCUGUUUAAAGCCGAAAAUGAGUCAUAGAGAAAGGCCUAGAAUUGGCCUAUCACAAGAACACUGCAGACAAGCUGCGUAAGUUUUGUUCUUUUUCACUUAAAGCUUGCGCUGUUUCUGAUUGACAUCUUAAAACCAACAUUAAACUGUCAUAUUUUAUUUAAUUAAGUGGGAAGUGACUGCUCUGUACAUCAUGAAUCUAACAAUAUACACGCUGUAAUUCACUGUCCUGUACACUAAGUUUCAUCGAUCUUUUUUAACCUACAGUUAGAAUGGCAGAUUAUCAGCCACAAAUCUUAAUCCAGUUGUAUGGCUUUAACCAGGUGCAGUAUGCAGUCAUGUGGAAUCUCGCUUUCUAGUGCUGGCAAAAUGGAGAUGUCUCUAAUUACUGGCUUCAAUAAACACGAAUCCAGACUGCUGGCA